AUGCUGGCUAUUUGGGCAGUAUUGAUCUUUUUCAUCGGGUAUUAUAUUGGCCCAGGAUUCCGGGCACCCUUGAUUAAGAUACCAGGACCUUGGUACACACGGUUCACAAGUCUAUGGAUCAAAUACCAAGAGUUCACAGCAAAUCGUCGAGAAUCAGUCCAUCAUCUCCAUCGACAAUAUGGCCCUGUCGUACGACUAGGGCCUAAUGAGGUCUCCUUCACGAGCCUUGAUUCGAUAAAGGAAAUAUAUGCCUCUGGCGGCAGUGGCUAUGACAAGACGGAGUUUUAUACCCUGUUCAAGCAAUUCAAAAUUAAGACGAUGUUCUCUACAUUGCCUAAAGAUGAGCACAGCAAGAGAAAACGUCUUUUUGCUGAGCGCUACGCCAUGACUAACGUCAUGAAAGCGAAGCCUCUGGCGGCCAUCCAUGAACGCGCGAUGACUUUUGUGGCGCAGUGUGCAGACGCAGGCAAAACUAGCGUGGACGUCUAUGUGUUGUUACACUGCUAUGCACUGGAUUGCGUUACUCAUUUUAUGUUUAGCCCUGGGGGACUCAAAUCUUUGAACGUAAAGAAGGAUUUUGAGAUCAUGCAGGAGCUGACCUACCACCAAAGCCUGCAAAAAAGCUUGUUAGCCUAUUAUCUCCCCGGGCUGGAGCCAUAUUUCCCGAAAAUUCUUCACCCACGCAGCGCUCCCAAAGCAAACCAGUAUGUCCUGGACAUGACUGAUCAAAUUGAAUUGGAUGGCCACAGUUUGCUGGAAAAGCUUAAGCGAGAGGAGUCCAAUCUCAAGCCCAUGCAAGCUGCAGCAGAGUGCAAAGAUCAUAUGGCAGCAGGCAUUGACACAACUGGAGAUGGGCUUUGUUUCUUGAUGUGGGAACUUUCUCAACCACAGAACAUGGGAUUUCAACGACGACUGCAGCAGGAAUUGAAGAAUGCACCCGUGGAAUCACCUUUAGACAGCCUCGUCUAUCUAGAUGCGGUGAUCAAAGAGGCACUGCGCUAUUCUCCGCCGAUUCCAAUGUCUUUGCCACGAUAUGUGCCACCCGGUGGACGUGUUAUUGACGGUUACUAUAUUCCGGCUCAUGUUAUUGUUAGCUGUCAGCCCUACAGUGUCCAUCGCAGCGAUGAAAAUGUAUUUGCAGAGCCGGAUCGAUUUUAUCCAGACCGAUGGCUUGAGAUGAAGGGAGCAGUUGAAAGAAAUAGGAAUUUCUUUGCCUUCGCAGUUGGAGGGAGAGGGUGUACUGGGAAGAAUCUGGCUUUGGUGGAAAUGAAGACUCUUCUGAGGGAGGUUUACUCUCGAUUUGAGACCACUGUUGCUCCCGAUAUGACCGGAUCGAUGGAACUGGACGAUCAAAUUAUCUCUUCCAGGCCCAAGGGACAGACAUGCAAGCUCGUAUUUUCGCCCAUCUAG